AUAUAAAUACACUAACUGGAAGCAAAUUUUUGCAAUAGAAAAAAAAAACAUGAAUUUUCAACUUGUAUCCAUUUUCAUUUUCAGCAGACAAAAUGUUAGCAUGAAACUCUGAGUGUAUCAUCUCCGAAUGGCUCUCUCUACUACUCUUUCCUUCAAAUACAUAAGAAUCGAUUCCCAUAAUUCCAUACAACAGCAGCCACCAUAUCCUCUUUUCUCAUGUUCACCACAAAAAUUGACACUAUCUGAUUCUGGAAAAUGGAGGAACAAGGUUUCCUUCUUCGAAGGAUUUCGGAGCAGAGGAAAAAGAGAUGUUGAGAGCCUCAAGAAGGAGCUCCUUGACACAAUUGAACCACUUGACCGAGGUGCAGAGGCUUCUGCUGAGGACCAACAACUUGUGGACCAGAUUGCUCGUAAACUUGAGGCCGUUAAUCCUGUCAUGGAACCUCUUAAAUCUGAUUUACUCAAUGGAAAAUGGGAGCUUCUGUAUACAACAUCUCAAUCUCUUCUGCAGACACAGAGACCUAAGUUGUUGCGACCAAAUGGAAAGAUAUAUCAGGCAAUCAAUGUGGAUACCUUGAGAGCUCAAAAUAUAGAAACUUGGCCAUUCUUCAACCAGGCCACUGCAAAUUUAGUGCCACUAAACUCAAGAAGGGUGCUUGUUAAGUUUGAUUUCUUCAAGAUUGCUAGCCUGAUACCUAUCAAAUCACCAGGGAGUGGUCGUGGUCAGUUGGAAAUUACUUAUUUGGACCAAGAUUUAAGAAUAUCAAGAGGCAACAGAGGUAACUUGUUCAUCUUGAAAAUGGUGGAUCCAUCCUAUAGAGUUCCUCUUUGAAGCUCUCCUUCAACUGCCGAUGUUUUGUAUGAGCAUAUUAAUUUACGUAAAGUUAAUAGUUAACCAUUAUUAGAUAAUAAUUUAAUCAAAAUUAUCAAAUUAUCUAACGAUUCUCAAUUAUCAACUUUAUUAUAGACAACUGCAUAUAUAUUUUUACCUUUAUUUACAUGUGAGAAAUUGU